UCCCGCCGCCCUCCCACUCCCGCCGCCCCGGGGCCGCUGCUGGAGGGAUCCGAGGGAGCUGCUGCGGGUGCUGCCGCCGCCGCCUGGCUGAGCCCAGGGUGUCCAGGAGGCUCGGUGGGAAGCCGGGGCCAGGCAUGGGCCUGAUCUUCGCCAAGCUGUGGAGCCUCUUCGGUAGCCAAGAACAUGGUGGACUGGGAAGAUAUUCAUGAAUACAACCCAAAAUGAGUUUGAAUACCAGCCAGUGAAAGGGAGAAACCUGGGUUAGUCUAGCACAAAGUAAUCAUAGUGGGACUUGAUAAUGCUGGAAAGACUACUAUUCUUUACCAGUUUUUAAUGAAUGAGGUGGUUCAUACUUCUCCAACCAUAGGAAGCAAUGUAGAAGAAAUAGUGGUGAAAAACACCCAUUUCCUAAUGUGGGAUAUUGGAGGACAAGAAUCAUUACGGUCAUCGUGGAAUACCUAUUAUUCAAACACAGAGUUCAUCAUUCUGGUUGUUGACAGCAUUGAUAGAGAGCGACUUUCUAUUACAAAAGAAGAACUUUAUAGAAUGCUGGCUCAUGAGGAUUUACGGAAGGCUGCAGUUCUCAUCUUUGCAAACAAGCAGGACAUGAAAGGCUGCAUGACGGCUGCUGAGAUAUCUACAUACCUCACCCUCAGCUCCAUAAAGGAUCACCCGUGGCACAUUCAGUCCUGUUGUGCUUUGACAGGAGAAGGGUUAUGCCAAGGCUUGGAGUGGAUGACCUCCCGUAUUGGAGUGGUAAAGAGCUUCAGUAUCCCCAAAGGAGUGAUUCUUUCCAGCUCUUUAAACACACUGCAAGCAGUAAGAGGGAAAGGACUUGGGCACAGCUGCUCAAAAUAUUUGUUGUCAAAAUAAAAUUGAGUUGUUCUGUUAAA